CUCCUCCCUGCAGCUGAGCUCCUUCUUCAGGGACCAUCCGGAUGUGGCUUUUGGUGCCACCGCGAAGCUCCUCCAGGAGAACUUCCACCUGGGAGAGUCCCAGGUCCCGUGUCCGUCAAGAUGUGCGCAGGGAACUAUUGGGAUGAUCCAGGGAGAUGGAGUCAUUGCUCUGCUGCAGGGGCUCAUGAACACCUCCAGCUGCCCACACGGCCAUUGACUGUUCCUGUACCCCCAUCCCCUUGCAGGCAAAAGCGCAGGGCCAUGUCUGCCGCAUGACCCGCACCCUCAAGGACCUGAAUGCCCAGCAGGACGCCAAGAAUUGCCCCCGCUUCCUGUCCUGGCGCCACCAGCGCACGGUGACCCACCAGUGGCGAGACUGGCUAUUUGAGGUGCCCCUGGAGCAGGUGGCUGAGUGGGCCCACGAGGACCUGGCUGAGCGAUGGAAGUGCCUCUCCUUUGACGACACCCCCACGGGGGGCGCUCUGGUUUGGCUGCCCGGCGGGGGGAGCAUCGGACCCACCCCCAGAGGAUGCCUGGUGUAUCCAUCCGGGUCGGCCAUGAACCACCUCUGCUUCCAAGAUGUGGUUUUGAAGCUGGACACCCGCUGCUCCCUGAUGCCUCGGAUCCGGGGCCACCCUGCGCAGUUUGAGCUCAACGGUGCGGUCCGGCAAGUGGCAGCUGCCCGCGUGGAUGGCCAAGACUUCCUAGGAGUGCGCUCGGAUUAUCACUGCGUGGCAUGGAGGAUGCAGCCUGGGGAAGCACCGGAAGCACUCCAGGUCGUCGGCACCGACGACCCCUGCUCCUCCAUCUCUGUCAGCCCACACCUGCCAGGCCAACUCUCCAUUUGCACCUUUGCCGGAGCUGUCUACCUGUGGGACGUGGAGGCCAGACUUCAACUGCUGCACUGGGACAAGGAGACCAUGUUUUUCCGCGACCCGUCAACUUGGCGUUGGAGCGAGUUUACCGCCCACCCACAGGUGCUCACUUUGGCUGACCGGACCGGCCUGGUGGGCAUUGACCAGAGGGUGCCCUCUGGCUCCCGUUUCGAUCUCUUCAAGAUGGGGGCUGAAGCGGAGUGCCAGCGCGGCGAGCGGCUCAUCCUCUCCAAGUACCUGGGCCAGGGCCAUCCGUACCAUCACCUGGUGGCCACUCAGUUCUCUCUCUGCUUGCUGGAUGAGCGUUUUCCGCUGGUGCCUCUCCUCCGCUGGGAACACAUGAUGGAGCGGCCCCCCGUCUAUGCGCAGCUGACACCCGCCAGGGGUCCUCCACAGAGCCACAAGCUGCUUUUGGGCACCCAUCACUCACAGGAGCUGCUGAUGCUCCAGUACACAGGUCUUAGCACCCCACCCCAGUUGUGGGGGCCCCCGCAGAAGCUGCCAUCUAUCAAGGACUGCCUGCCACACUUCCCCCUGCAGAAACCCCUCCAGCAAAGCAUCCUGAGCCAGCGUCUCGCUCUCCCUUGCGCUGGCAUUGCGGCUGCCCUGGGUCAGUGGGGCCAACAAAGCCAGGCCCUGCUCAUUUUCCAGAUGUCUGAGGUGGGCGACCUCUUCUACCAGCUACUGGUCCACCAGACGGAGGAAGAGGAGACACAACCGGGACCCUUGGAUCCUGAAGAUGAUGACCCCAACGGCGGCUAUGAGAUGGAGAAACGUAGCCAGGACACCCGCCCUUCUUCCUCCAUGACGCCGAUCCCUGGCCCGGCCGACACCGCUCCCACCAUGGUCAGUUACCGCCGCUGGCUGAGGGCUUUCCUGGAGGCCUGGGAAGAGCUGCCCCCGGAGGCACAGAGCCAGCCGCCAGCCCGAAUGACCCUCAGCCAGCACUAUUUGUUCAACCGGCGUGAGCUGCGUGAGCGGCCGGCGAACAUCCCGCUCUACAAGGAGGUCCGCCAGUGCCUGCGCCAAGCCAUGCAGAACAAGGAGUUGGUGUUCCCCUGGAAGAGGGGUCAGCUGGGCAAGGGGCCCGACCCUCUCCUGCCGCCGCUGCCACAGCCCUCCCAACGCCAGGACAAUCUUCGCGAGCGGCUGGAGGCCACGUGGGGUGGUGGCUGGGGCAGCUGGUGGCAGGAGAAGCUGGGCAUGACGGCAGCGCAGAAGCGGGAGGUGCUGCGGGAGCGCCGGAGGCGGAUGAAGAAGGCCAGGGGACCCCGCAGCAUCUCUGGCAGCUUCACCUCUUUUUCCAGCGGCCAGUCGGAGCUGAGUGACUCUUCUGGCUGGUGGGAGGAUGGUGGUCAAGGGGGCAGCCUGGGGAGAGCGGCUUGGCUCAGGCCUCUUGGUCCCGCCAGCGAGGGGCAGGGACUCUCCGUAACAUCCCUUCCUUCUUCUCAAGGGACGGAAGCCGGUGGGUCAGAGGACCCCUUGGAGCUGCUCUCCUCACAGACUCUACAGGCGCGCGGCAUCCCCCGGGAGCGCCGCCGGACGCUGCGAGAGUACCUGGCCAUCUGGGACCAGCCGGCCAAAGAGGAGGUGGAUAUGGACAAGGCAGAGGCACUGCCUUUGAGCCAGGCGUCCAGCCAGGGCAGCCAGAGCCAGGCCGCCCCUUUCGCUUCCCAGGGGUUGCGUCUGGCACGGAAGAAACCGCGCAUGGGCUUCUGAGGACCAUUGAGGCAGUUUGGAAAGAGGAGGAGGAGGCGCCAUCUUCCUCCUCCUUUUCCUUUGUGGCAUUUUGUAUUUUUAUAUAUAUAGAUAUAUAUAUUAUUUUUGCAACAAUAUAGAAAAUAACAACAUGCAAAAUACAUCCCAUUGAUUUCCCAAAUCUGCAUGUUUACCGUGGCCUUUCCCUGCCUGCCCCGUUUGUAUCAACCCUUGUGGUCAUUUAAAUCUUAGUUUCUUCAAAUCCAAAGCAAUGUGGUGGUUGUUUUCCCCAGCGCUUCUUCCGUGUGUUUGAAACCUAGUUUAAUUCCCUGAAUAACCACCCAAGAGAGAGGCUUUUGCAAGAACACGCACAACUACUCGCCCCUCGGUUCUUUUUGCCAGUCGGCUUGGUUUCUUAAACUAAACAGUUGUUUUAAUGUUAUUUUACUAUGGUUUAGUUGGGUGGGAACAACGGAUUGUCUUUUAACGUAUAUUGUAUUUUACCUUGUAUUUUUGUGGUGAUUGUAAGCCGCCUCAAUCCUCUGGGCGAGGCAGCAUAUAAAUAACAUUUAUUAGCAGUAGUAGUAGUAGUAUUACUACUACUACUAAUUUUGGACCCUCUCUCUGAAUCCACACAAUUAGCGUCUUGACCAGUUCUAAGUCUGCCUUCUGACCGUUGGGUCGUACUGGAGCCCAGCCCUGUCCAACUUGAUGUACCUUUUGUCCUUUCUAGUCUAGCAGUUAACGCAUAACGUAUUUGCGGCAUUCUACACUGUUGUCUUUCAUUGUUGGGUUUUUAUUAUACAUCUUUGAUCUUCCACCCCUUUGUUGGAAGUUGUAAAUAAAUGUUGUUGUUGGUCUAAUAA